UUUGCGAAUUAUCCGGGAUUUUAUGACGCAAAUGGGGGAAAUCCUUCGGGAAGCCCAGAUGCUGAUGCUGCCUGCGAUGAAAGAAAGAAUCUGCGCUGCACGAAAACACACAAGAUCUCAACAUGGAACGUCCGUGGAAUGAGUCAAGGGAAACUGAACAUCAUCAAGCGAGAAAUGAUCAGACUCAACAUAAAUUUGCUUGGAAUUAGUGAAUUACACUGGAAAGAUAAUGGCCACUUCAAAUUGGAUGAUGUUUCAGUGUAUUAUUCUGGGCAUCAAGAACUUAGAAGAAACGGAGUGGCUCUCAUAGCACACAAGAACAUAGCCCAUGCAGUCAAGAGCUACACCACCAUCAGCGACUGCAUAAUGGCCAUCCGAAUCUGUGGAAACCCGCUAAAUGUCAUGGUUUUACAAGUCUAUGUUCCAACAACAGAUGCUCCAGAAGAUGAAAGCGAACGAUUUUAUGCCAAAAUCGAGGAAGCACUGGAACAAGUGCCCAAAAAGGAUAUCAUUUAUAUCAUGGGCGAUUUCAACGCGAAGGUCGGCAGUCAGGAAGAGGCGAACAUCAUAGGCCGGUGUGGAUUGGGCGAAAGGAAGGAAGCUGGUGAUGGUUUGGUCCAAUUCUGUCAUGAAAACCAUCUCAGGGUCUCAAAUACAUGGUUCAUGCAACCGAAAUGCCGUCUGUACACCUGGACAGCCCCCAAUGGACAGCGUUGCAAUCAGAUAGAUUACAUUCUUUGCAGUCAAUGCUGGAAAAGUUCAGCUAGCCAUAAAACUUUCCCUGGUGCUGACUGUGGUUCUGACCAUGAACUGCUUGUUGCCACCAUCAAGGUGAAAUUCUGCAACAUCAAAAAGAAUGCUCCAUCAAAGCGUUUUGAUGUCUCCAAGGUACCUGUUUCAUAUGCAGUCACAGUGAGGAACAGAUUCGAACUGCUUGGCAAUGAAGACAAACAGCUGGACGAAUUGUGGCAGGAAUUCCAAUCCACAAUUAUCAAAACAACUCAGGAACACAUACCAUACAAGAAACUAGAGAAAAGGAGCAAGUAGCUUUCAGCAGAAACCAUCAAAA